CUGCGCACCAAGCAGAAGUAAACAAAGCAAAACAAGCUGAAAACGAACGCAAGGAGGCUGAAGAAUGGUCUAUAGGUGCAAAAGAUUCCGUUAAAAAAGAGUCACAAAAGCUUAAAAGGGAAGCACAAUUGGCCAAGAAAAACGAAGCCGCUCGAUUGCUGGAACAAGAAGAAACCGAACUUUCAAAAUACAAGCCAGUAUUGAAGUUGACAAAUAAGUCCGGCGAAGAGAAAAAAGCUAUAAAACGAACACAAGUUCAAGAGCGAGCAAGUGCUGAACGAAGAGUAAUACCAGAGUUUUCUGCUUCUAAUAUCGAUGAUGCUAUAGAUUUGAUGACUGUCGUCACAAGUUCAUCAACAGCUGUAGGAAGUGCUCCAGGACAGGCUGGCGGUAUUGACAGACAUCCUGAAAAACGGUUUAAGGCUGCUUUGGCCGCCUAUGAGGAACGUGAAAUGCCAAGGGUUAAAGAAGAACAUCCAGGUUUGCGUUAUACACAAUAUCGGGAAAUUAUCUACAAAAAUUUCCAGAAAUCACCAGAGAAUCCUUUCAAUCAGUUAAAUAUUAUACGAUACAAUUCUACUAAACAAGAGCAAGAAACCUUGAUAGAAUCAGCGAGAAAGGAUGUAGAAGAUCGACUAAGA